UCAAAAUUCGAAUAUUCAAUACCCACAAUUAAAAAAAAAAACCUAAUAACACCUUCCUUAGCUAUCUCUCCUCUUUAUUAUUUCUUCAGCAGAUUCAGUUAUAACUGAAAAACAAACACACUAACAAGAAAAGAAAUGUGCGAACAAAGCAGUUACGAGGCCGAUUUGGCGCUACUGGACUCAAUUCGUCGCCACUUGCUGGGAGAGUCCGACCCUUUUAUAUUCGGAGCACCGAAUUGUAAUUCGGGUAGCACACCGGUUUUCUGCAGGAGCUCCAGCUUCAGCAGCUUGUACCCUUGCCUGAGCGAAAAUUGGGGCGAGUUGCCGCUCAAAGAAGACGAUUCAGAAGAUAUGGUGCUCUACGGCGUUCUCCGCGACGCCGUAAACGUCGGUUGGGUCCCUUCUCUCGAAGCCGGAUCACCCGAAUCCUUCUCUUCGGGUUACUUACCCGACGUAACGGUUAAAUCAGAGCCGGAUGUAUUUCAUUCGGUGCCAAGCUUGCCGGAGCCUGUCAUCUCCGCCGUCGUAGCCCCGAUUGAAGAGAAGCCUACGCCUGUUCCGGUUCCGGCGAAGGGGAAGCACUACCGCGGAGUGAGGCAGCGACCUUGGGGGAAGUUCGCGGCGGAGAUUCGUGACCCGGCGAAAAACGGUGCUAGGGUUUGGCUCGGAACAUUCGAAACCGCCGAAGACGCUGCUUUAGCUUACGACCGCGCCGCGUACAGAAUGCGCGGGUCGCGAGCUCUGUUGAAUUUCCCACUCCGGGUAAACUCCGGUGAACCCGACCCCGUGAGGGUGACGUCUAAGCGGUCGUCGCCGGAGCCUUCAUCAUCGUCGGAUAGUGUAUCCACGACGAAGAGGAGGAAGAAGACGGUGGGACCGAGGGUACCGGUGGUGACAGGUCAGGUUGAGAUGAAGACGGGGCAAGGGGAGUCAAGUGGCGCAUUGUACACGUGGCGAGCAGUUAUUGGUGAGCUGAGUAGUGCAACCACUCACUCGUCACUAUUCACUAAAAAUAAUACAGUUGGGCCAAGAUAAAAAAGAAGAUGGAUUGAGAAUUUCAGAUAGUGACUAAAAGAGUUGCAAGGAAACAAAUGGGAUAAGUUAAAAAGCCAUGUUUGGUAGAGAGCAAGUAGGGCUCCAUUUUUUUUCUUUUUGGGUUUUGUAAAUACAAUAUUUGUUAUUUCUUUGUUCAACAUUUUGUGUAUGAAAUCAAUGAAUCGCCUUACAUUGCAUGAAAUUAAA